AUGACGGAAAGGCUGUUUUCUUGUGCUCUAUUGUCAGAUGAUAUCAAGCCUGUGGAGAUGAUGCUGAAAGCCGGAAUGGACCCUAAUAGACCGGUCAAUACUGGCUUUGGGGAAGCUGGCACCCCUUUAGAAAUCGCAGCACAGGAAGAGAACGUAGAGCUUCUCGAGCUCCUAAUUUCCUUCGGUGCGGAUGUGAACCUCUCUGUUGAUAGUGAGACACCGCCACUCUAUCACGCAAUUCUCGGCAUCUGUGAUACCGCGCCGGUGUUAUUAUCCCACGGGGCUAUCCCAACGUUUUCUUGCGUGCAUGAGCUCCGCUUGUGGAACUCAAAUCGACAUUCGGGCAAGGAAGUUAUACUUGCCACUCCUGACGUUAACAUAAGAGCACCUCCAGAACUCGGAUAUAGGUACGAUGCGCUGCUUCCACUGGCUGUGGUUCGCGGGUCUUCUGAAGUGGUUGAGCUUCUUUUAGCCAAAGGAGCAACAGUCAAUGGUGAUGAGUUGUUCGAAGUGCAUAGCGACGAUUGCCCCCCGCCCAGUUCUCUGUUGCCAGGUGAAUGCAGACGAAUUUUCACUACAUUAUUGGGCCUUGUUUCUACCCGUCUGUUGAGACGUAAGUCCGACCUCUCACAGUCCACCCUGGAGACUCUCAAUCAUAUGAAUCCUGGACCAAAUCCCACAGGUUACAUGUCUCCUUUGACACUCGCUCAUGGGGCUAUGCUUGAAAGAAAUACCUUCACAUUCGAUGGAGAACUUAAAACUUCUCCUUUGAUGAAAGCUAUACAGAGCGAAUCUGUAGAUAUACUUGAGCUUCUGAUUCUUUCGGGCGCAAGAUUCGAUGACAGAUACACCCAAACCCCAGACACUCUUCUCGGAGCGGCUCUUGAGACUGGCAAUAUGGUCAUGUUUGACUACCUACUGGCCCACGGAGCUGUCAACAUGCCGCUCAAGAUGAACAAAAUACCCAGUUUACGGGUAGCGGUAUAUAUGCAGCAAAACGGGAUUUUGCAAAGCGUUUUACAGUCAUCUGGCCCUCGUAUACUCACUGCUGUCCUUGACUCGAAAAGGGACGUGGAUAUUCAAUUGUUUCUCCACCUACUUCAAGUGUACAGGGGCCUUGGCCAUUAUGGAACUCACAGCUUUAGUAAAUCCAUAUCAGGGCUGCUGGAAGUUGUCAUCGGAAAAGACCAAAACGAGCUACUAUGCGCCCUCUUGGAGAUUGGAGCUUUAGUUACUGAAGAGGCUGUCAUUGUGGCGCUGGAGAAGAGACCACAUGAUCUUGAAACUGCUCGACUCUUGCUAUCCAGGUUUUGGGGCUACGCACCCUCCGCCGUUGGAAACACCAUCGCUCUCUUUCACCAAUGGUACGGAAAAGAUCGCUAUGGGAAACAGGGACUUGAGCAGCUUUAUAGUAUUCUAGCCGUGUUUCGGUCAAAUGGCAUUAGCCCUAGGGGAGUUCCGCUCAAGCUAGGAACAGAACGGUGUUUCUCUCCCCGCGCAUUCAAGUUCAUUUCAGUCCUGGACUUAGCCGCGUACUUCAGAGACACGAGGCUGCUCAAAAUUUUGAUUGAAUGGGCGCCCUGGGAUUCGGACGAAGUUGGACAUGCUUUGGUAUAUGCAAUUCAACGUGAGGACUUUGGUUUCGAAACGACCCGAUUCUUGAUGAACCUGUCUCCAAGACUGGACAUAGAAGCUUAUAAUUAUUCGCAUAGGGCCACAUCAUUGCAGGCUGCUGUGACCAAUCAGCUAUUACCAGUUGUCCGAGAUUUGGCACCGCUAGUUGAUGUCAACUACUUGGGUGAGGGUGGACGUCGACGAACGCCCUUGCAGUUAGCUGUGGAGAAAGGUAACCUGGAAAUCAUUGACAUCCUCUUGGAGCAUGGGGCGAGGAUUGACGGAGCUCCUGCUGAAACUGGCGGGGCUACUGCCUUACAGCUCGCCGCCAUCAAGGGCUUCUUCGGAAUUGCCCGAAAGUUGAUCGAUCUCGGUGCCGAUGUCAACGAGCCUGCAGCAAAAUACGAAGGACGAACUGCCCUCCAGGGGGCUGCAGAAUAUGGUCGAAUAGACAUGUUGAAAAUGCUGUUCGACGAAGGAGUUGUGAUCUCUGGCAAAGGGGCUGAACAGUAUAAAGAAGCAAUCCGACUUGCUGAGAAGAAUGCGCAUUGGGCUGCUGCCAAACUCCUGAGGUCUUUCAGCAGGAGGAGUCUUGAAAGUGACUCAGAACGGAGGAAUGAAGAGUGGUCUGUUGAUCUAGAUUGUAUUUUCGCUCAAAAGUUGAAUUUUUCUCUUUCCGGCUUUAGAAUUAAUUAUAAAGAGGCUCUCUAUUACAGUAGUUAUGGUCCCCGGAAUUACAUGUUCAAGUUGUAG